AUGGCAGAUAGUUCACAAAAUUCAAGUAAUCCAAACGCGGUUGAAGAAGACCCUGGCGAAGGUCCGUCUGUCUCCCGUGCCAGCCGAAUAGAAAUCUUAAUGAAUGAAGGGAAACGCGAUUAUCUUGACGGAUUUUUUGAAUUGGCUUCGCAGAAAUUGUCAAACGCCCUAUCACUAUCUAGUGAAGAAUAUGGUGAUUUAUCUCCAGAAUGCUUCGAACCGUGCUUCUACUACGCCAAAACUCUCGUCGAUUGGACACGUUGCAUUCCGAAUCUGAGCGAAACUGAACACUUAUCAGAGCGCUUAAUUAUCGAACAACUGCACAAAUAUCUUUCGCAACAACAACAAAGCUCUUCCCAGUUAGUUAAUCGAGAAGUUCCAAAUGAAAUGGCCGUCCAAGAUGCUGAUCAGUCGAAAUUGAACGGUUCGUCUGAAACAGUAUCCGUUGAGCAAGACCAUCGACUGGAGACAGUUCAGUGUAGUUCUGGGCAUUCGGAGGGAGCGGCGAAUGGUUCAGGAGAAGGCAAUCAGCAAGGAGAAAGUCUUCCCGAUAAGGAGGUUGAUAAAAAUAAGAGCCAAGAUGGACAUCCAGAUUCGACGGCAGAAGAUGCGCAGUCGAAGUCAGAAACCGAAGACGACCAAGAACUCGGAAGUUGUGACGAUUAUGAGGAAGAUGAAGAUGAGGGCGAUGAGGACUCGGAUCGUAUGGCGAUAGCAUGGAAUACCUUGCAAGAUGCAUUGCUAAUCUGUGAAAAUUUUGCGGACGGAGGCACGAAAUGGGCUGAGCGAAAAGCUGAAACGUUGUUCGCUUUGGCCGAAUGGUAUUUGCAAGAUACAGAUUAUGAGGAGGCAAUUGAAGCGUUAAAGUCCUCCGUCGAGCUCUAUCCAGACUCAAGAGAUCGACGUAUCGCUGCAGCUUAUUAUGAGCUGGCCAAAGCCUAUGAACUGAUGGGAGAAUCGCAGAAGGUGACUGAAUCUCGUCAAAAGGCCAGCAACUUGCUGGUUGAACGAUUAGCAUUUUUGGAGAAAGAAUCUGCAAAGACAAUGUCCUUGGGCGCUUCCGAUGAUGCGAAAAAAUGCAGUGUUAUGACAGAAAUAGAGGAUCUCAAGCAGAUCGUUAGCGAUCUGAAGGAAGAUUUGAUCGCUCUCAAUGUGGCAGAUGCUGCUGAGGAUAAAGCAGUCAAAGAAUCUGAACAAUUUAAUGAACGUCGUUCUACAAACGGCAAACUGAAUGUAGAUGAUAAAGAAGGCGGCAGUCGCAACUCGCAGUUUCUAACCAACAAAUUCGAACCUCUAUUCAUCUAUCACAUUUCACAAUCGAAAAUGGUACCACAUUCAACAGAAACCACAACUGAAGCAAACGACGCUACAGUUGAGGAGCAGAAUCCAACAGAGCAAAAUGAGAGAAGGCAACAAAUCGAAUCUUUGGAAACACUCUUAGCAGAUGGUAAAAAGGCAUACAUCGUUGGAGAUUUGCAGACAGCAUCAGAUAAACUGGGUGAAGCUUCUGCGCUCGCGUAA